AGGACCCGUCCCAUCGCUUGGAUCCAUAACCCGCAUCGAGCGAGCGCGAAGGUUGAGAUCCAAGAUCCAAACCAAACCCCCACAUUACAUAAAGCUAAGUAACCAUCCAAUCCAAACUCAGCUCCUAGCUAGGGUUUUUCGAAUUCCCAUUCUUCCUUCCUUCCUUCUGCUUUUAUCGAUCUCCAACGAAACCAAACCAUGUCGCUCAGGCCAAAUGCCAGAACCGAGAUUCGCCGCAACCGUUACAAGGUCGCCGUCGACGCCGACGAGGGCCGCCGGAGAAGAGAGGACAACAUGGUCGAGAUCCGCAAGAGCAAGCGCGAAGAGAGUUUGCUCAAGAAGCGUCGUGAAGGCCUCCAAGCUCAGCAACAGUUUCCCGCUCCUCUUCAGAACUCCACCGUCGACAAGAAGCUGGAGAGUCUUCCUGCCAUGGUUGCUGGAGUUUGGUCGGAUGAUAAUAGUAUUCAACUUGAAGCCACUACGCAAUUUCGCAAGCUGCUUUCGAUUGAACGGAGCCCUCCGAUUGAGGAAGUUAUUCAAGCUGGUGUUGUUCCACGUUUUGUUGAGUUUCUUGUUAGAGAGGAUUUCCCUCAACUUCAGUUUGAGGCUGCGUGGGCUCUCACAAACAUUGCAUCUGGGACUUCUGAGAACACUAAGGUGGUAAUUGAUCAUGGGGCAGUUCCUAUAUUUGUCAAGCUACUUAGUUCACCUAGUGAUGAUGUUCGGGAGCAGGCAGUGUGGGCUUUGGGAAAUGUUGCUGGUGACUCCCCUAGGUGUAGAGAUCUAGUGCUCAGCCAAGGUGCCCUCGUCCCACUGUUGGCCCAGUUGAAUGAGCAUGCAAAACUUUCAAUGCUGAGAAAUGCCACAUGGACAUUAUCUAACUUUUGCAGGGGUAAGCCACAGCCUCCGUUUGAGCAGGUGAGACCGGCACUUCCAGCACUCGAGCGUUUGGUUUUUUCCAAUGAUGAAGAAGUUUUGACAGAUGCUUGCUGGGCAUUAUCAUAUCUCUCUGAUGGCACAAAUGACAAAAUCCAAGCAGUUAUUGAGGCAGGUGUAUGUGCCAGAUUGGUGCAGCUUCUCAUACACCCAUCUCCCUCAGUGCUGAUUCCUGCUCUUCGUACAGUGGGAAAUAUUGUGACUGGAGAUGAUAUGCAGACUCAGUGUAUUAUCAAUCAUGGUGCACUCCCCUGCCUUUUGAACCUGUUGACAAAUAAUCAUAAAAAAAGCAUUAAGAAAGAAGCUUGUUGGACUAUAUCAAACAUUACUGCUGGAAAUAAAGAACAGAUACAGACUGUUAUUGAAGCUGGUCUGGUUGCACCCCUUGUCAAUCUUCUUCAAAAUGCGGAAUUUGACAUUAAAAAGGAAGCUGCUUGGGCAAUCUCAAAUGCUACAUCUGGUGGAAUUCAUGAGCAGAUCAAGUACUUGGUGAGUCAGGGUUGCAUAAAGCCUCUUUGUGAUCUUCUUGUUUGCCCAGACCCAAGAAUUGUUACUGUCUGUUUAGAAGGCCUAGAGAAUAUUCUGAAGGUUGGAGAAGCUGAGAAGAGCCUAGGUAACACUGGAGAUGUUAACGAGUAUGCACAGAUGAUAGAUGAUGCUGAGGGAUUGGAGAAGAUUGAAAACCUACAGAGUCAUGACAACAAUGAAAUAUAUGAAAAGGCUGUUAAAAUUCUUGAAACAUAUUGGUUGGAAGAAGAAGAUGAGACACUACCUUCAGGAGAUGGUGCUCAACCUGGUUUCAAUUUCGGAAACAAUGAGCUUCCAGUCCCAUCUGGUGGAUUCAACUUCAGCUGAAGAUAUUUUCCUGAGAAGGGACUUGUUGGACGAAGUAGGGUUUAUGCCGGGUGGGCGUUGGGAUAAAGUCUGGAGGGUCAGUUAUUGCACCUUGUGUCCUUCGUGGUUCAUGAGGUGCCGGGGAGGGUCAGUCUACGCUACCAAGUCCAAGUAAGAAGGGACUGGUGGAUUCAACAGCAGCAUAAUGAUCUUUUCAGCCGUGUUUGUUGUACUUAAAAUACAUAAAGCUGGUGGAAGGUUGUAUAUGUUGCAGUGGCAGGGACACGGGUAUAUGGCGAGGGGUUUUUUUCUUUAAUGCGGCUUUGAGUGCUGUUUUUUAUUUGAGUCCUAGUUUUAUUGGUAUGAUUUAUUGGGUCAGUAUUUGAUUUGGGUAAAUAUAUCAUUUCCAAACCAAUUUUAUGGUCUAUUCCAAAUUCCAAUCGAAGAAUUAGUGCUAUUUUUGUGCGUCA